UACUGUAUUAGAUAAAGAAUUGAAGGGGAGGGCGGGAGAGAGAGAGAGAGAAAGAAAGGAAAAAUGGGGAGAGCGUUUGUAUAUGUAAUACUUGGUGGUGGAGUAUCGGCCGGUUAUGCAGCUCUUGAAUUCACCAAAAAAGGUGUCUCUCAUGGUGAACUCUGCAUCAUCUCCGAAGAACCUGUGGCUCCUUAUGAGAGACCUGCACUCAGCAAAGGCUUUCUACUUCCAGAAGCUCCGGCACGACUCCCUGCAUUUCACACAUGUGUAGGUGCCAAUGAAGAGAGGUUAACACCAAAGUGGUAUAAGGAACAUGGAAUUGAACUGAUUCUGGGUACUCGGGUAAAGUCUGCCGAUGUAAGACGUAAGACGCUACUUACUGCAGCAGGGGAAACCAUCAGCUACAAGUUUCUUAUCAUUGCAACAGGUGCUCGGGCUUUGAGGCUUGAAGAGUUUGGUGUAACUGGAUCAGAUGCUGAAAACGUAUGUUAUCUACGUGACGUGGCCGAUGCAACUAGGCUUGUGGAUGUGAUGCAAACCUCUAUUGGCGGAAAUGCGGUGGUCAUUGGUGGUGGCUACAUUGGGAUGGAGUGUGCUGCUUCCUUGGUGAUAAAUAAGAUUAAUGUCUCGAUGGUGUUUCCUGAGCCACACUGCAUGGGCCGUUUAUUCACCCCCAAGAUUGCAAGUUAUUAUGAAGAUUUUUAUAAAUCGAAGGGCGUAAAUUUUGUCAAGGGCACAGUUCUAUCAUCAUUUGUUUUUGAUCCAGAGGGGAAGGUUACUGGAGUUAAUCUGAAGGAUGGGAGCUAUCUUCCCGCUGACUUGGUAGUUGUUGGAAUUGGAAUCCGGCCAAACACAGCUCUAUUUGAAGGCCAACUUACUUUAGAGAAAGGAGGAAUCAAAGUAAACAGUAGGUUGCAAACUAGCAAUAACUCGGUGUACGCAGUUGGGGAUGUUGCAUCAUUUCCGGUUAAAAUUUUUGGUGAAAUUCGAAGACUAGAACACGUUGAUGCUGCUAGAAAAUCAGCUCGCCAUGCUGUUUCCGCAAUAAUGGAACCAGAGAAAACAUCAGAGUUUGACUACUUGCCAUUCUUCUACUCCAGGGUUUUCUCAUUGUCCUGGCAGUUUUACGGAGACAAUUUAGGGGAAGCCAUUUAUUUCGGAGAUUUCUCCGGAACUAGUUUUGGUGCUUAUUGGGUGCACAAGGGUCAUCUUGUUGGGUCUUUUCUAGAAGGUGGAAGUAAAGAAGAGUACGAGGCUAUAGCCAAAGUGACAAGACUUAAACCAGAGAUCGAGGAUUUGAGUGAGCUCGAGCGACAAGGUUUGGGGUUUGUGUUGGCUUUGAGCGAAAAACCACCGGUGUUGCCGGUAAUGGAAGUGGGAAGUUCGACGUCAACCCUUGUUUUGGAGAAACCAAUGUACCCAUGGCAUGCAGCUGCUGGGGUUGUGGUGGCUGCAUCGAUAGCUGCAUUUGCUUAUUGGUAUGGAAGAAGACGCCGUAGAUGGUGAGAGUGAGUGGGGGUGGGGGGGGAUUUGUUUCCAUUGAUUCCACUAUUUGAUAUCGAUACCUAUACCCUUUGUUGUGCAAUUUGUUUAGGAGAAUGCUCAUAUAACAAGACUUGAUAAACUACAUAUAACAUAUUCAAUCUAUGUAAUCUUGUGUCCAGGAACAUUAUCUCUUUUACUUUAUAUUUAGCCCUAUUAUCAUUUA